CUAAAAAAUAAGCUGCGGAACAAAAGGUGAUGAACCUGAGGAAAAGACGGAACAAUUAAUCAAACACACAGGUUAAAAUUUUCCCAUCAAAACGAUGGAAAGUCACGAAUUUAUAAAAGAUUUCAGUCUUCGCGACMCUGUCAAGGAGAAAAGUGGAGAUGACCAGCAGCUGUUGAAGGUUAAAAAAGAAGAAGAGGUUCCUCGUCUGUGCAGCUCCAGCCUGGAUCAGCAGAACCCAGAACUCCUCCACAUAAAGGAGGAAGAAGAGGAACUUCCUGUGAAGAGUGGAGAUGAUGAGAAACCUCAGUUAUUCCAGCUUCAUCAGAUCAAAACUGAAGACUGCAGAGAGACAGAAACUCCAACCAGCAGCUCAGCUGAGCUCAUGAAGACAGAAACUGAUGGAGAGGACUGUGAAGGACCAGAACCAGACAAGAACCAGAGUCCAAAUACUAACUUACAGCCAAACACUGAUGAGAGGGCUUCAGACUCUUCAGAGACUGAAGACAGCAAUGAUUAUGAUAAGGAUGAAAACAUGUCAGGUUCUGSAUCUGACAAUGAAGACAGUGAUGAAGAUUGGAGGGAAACCAGGACACCUGGAUCAGGAGUAAAAGGCAAAGUAAGAUGUAAAAGUGUUGAGAAAUCCUUCAGCUGCCCGGAGUGUCUCAAACAGUUUGUCAACAAGCAGACUCUUCAGAAACACAUGACUUCUCAUUCAGGUAAAAGCUCUGGCAGUUUGGUGGAUAAGAAACGUUCUAGAAAAAAACAAAUUAGAGCCGAGAAACGAUUUGAUUGUGUUGAUUGUGGUAAAACAUUAGUAUCUCAGGCGCACCUUAAACUUCACAGGAGAAUCCACACCGGAGAGAAACCGUAUAYUUGUGAGGAGUGCAGUAAAGCUUUUCGUCAUUUGCAGGGUUUCAGAUGUCACAUGACACACCACACAGGAGAGAAACCRUUUCAGUGUCAGGUGUGUGACAAGAMAUUUAACUCACAAGCAGUUCUGAAGCAACACGUGUUCAUUCACACAGGGAAAAAACCCUUCGCCUGCAGUAGUUGUGGUCGAUGUUUCAGACUUAGCGGGGAUCUUAAAGUACACAUGAUGUGUCACGUGGGAGUGAAACCCUUUGUCUGCGGGGAUUGUGGCAUGGGAUUUUCCCGACAGGGAUCUCUGAACCGACACACUAAACUCCAUAUGGAGGAGAAACUGUUUGCCUGCGAUAAGUGUGACAGAAAGUUUUUCCGAAAGUCACAUCUUGAAAGACACGCCUUGGUUCACUCAAGGGAUCAGAAAGACGACACUAAAGUUAGACCGUUUGCUUGUAAAGACUGCAAAAAGAGAUUUGUGCAAAAGAAACAUCUUAAAGCUCACAAAAUUCUCCACACAGGAGUAAAACCAUUCUGUUGCGACAUUUGUGAUGCAAGUUUUGCUCGACCCGAUGCUCUAAGGAGACACAAGACGCGAGUCCAUCAUAUGUAGAAGUUAGGGAUGCACCGAUAUAAAAAUUCUGACAUUUGCUGAUACUACACAAACACUCAAAUUAUUUAAAUAUAUGCACUAUAUUGCCAAAAGUAGUUGCUCACCCAUCCAAAUGACCGUGCACCACACCA